AUGGAUCCCAACCCAGACACCCCAACAACUCAACCCUCCCCAGGUCUCUUCCGCUAUGUGCUCGGUUUCCUGCUCGUAGGCGCAGCAUGGGGCCUAACAACACCCUUCAUGCGCCGCGCCGCCGUCUCUUCCUCAUCAUCUUCAACACCAGAAUCCCGCGCCUGGCUCGAACACCCACACACUCCUUGGCUAAAAGCAAAGGUCUGGGGUGUGUUAUACGGUGUCUUCGACGUGUUGAAGAAUCCAGCUUAUGCUAUUCCAUUUUUGAUUAAUGUUACGGGGAGUGUGUGGUUUUUCCUGUUGAUCGGUCAGGCUGAACUCAGUCUUACGGUGCCUAUUACCAAUUCACUUGCUUUCCUCUUCACGGUGCUCGGAGAGUGGUGGGCAGAGAAGAAGGUCAUUACGAAAGAUACAUGGCUAGGCAUGGCUCUAGUCCUUGGUGGUAUUGGCCUUUGUGUGCAUUCAAAGAAUACCUGA